GUGUUCCUGUUUUUUUUUCAGGACAGGAGUAUGUUUGAGUCCAUAGCACGCAUCUGAACAGAUUUUGUCAUGCUGUGCCAGCUGCAAAUCCUGCUCCCUGCAGAGGAGGUUAAGUAGAAUGGCUGAGGAGGGAUUUACACUGCUCUCGUGUACCAGCAAACAGGAUUUUGGAGAGGACCCACCAUUUUCUCCUAAUGCAUGCAGCAGUAAAUAUUUAAUAAUGCAGAUACCGCAAUGCUCUAACAGUGAGAUUAAUACUUCUCAAUACAAAUGCCUCCUUUCUUGUUCCACUGACCAAAUAUUGCUCAAAGUUCAGUCUGUGUUUAGCUGCUGUGUGACAACCGGAGCUGGGAGCUGUGGGCUGUCAGAACACAAAUUGAAACGUGCUGUCCAGGCUGCAGCAAGCCCUCCCAUCCUGGAGCCCCCGGCUCCACGCAGUGCCUGGCUGCGAGCAGUUCCUCGCAGUAGCCUGAGUGCCAUGCCCGGGCCUUGAUGCUUCUGGAAACAGCUACUGAAAAUGGCAGAGAGAGCUGAGAAUGAAGAAGCAAUUCACCUAAGCAGCUUCCAUAGUCACAGAGGGAAAGACCGAAUAAACCGCAGGGAUGAAGGUCUUAUCACGAUAUCAGAUUCCUCGGACGAAGAAUUGCCUUUGCAGGAAACGCCAGCAGAGCAGCAGCACGAGGAGGAUGAUGAUGAAGAUGUGGUCAUCUUGGCAGAGACCUCCAAGCAUCAGCAGCUUGUGCGUCCCAACGUCAUCAGACCUGCUGCUCAGUGGCAGGGUGCAAACACUGUGGGAGAAGGAGCAUCUAAAAAUGCUGUAGGGCCCUUGGAGAGCAUGUGUGUGCAGGAUGAGGUCUCAGCUCUGCCGUGCCAGAAAGACCACACGGCACAGAGUGGUGCUGGACCAAGCAAAGAAGAGAGCGUGAACUUUGCCUUGCAGCAGCUUGGACCGCCUGAGCUGAACGGCCCCAGGUCUGAACUUACGAGUGACCCUGAGCCUGGCCCGAGUUUGUUUCCAGCAGUAAAAACGAGUCCACAGCUUGUUAACAGGGAAAUCAUUAGUCUGGGGAAAGCAGACUUUCCGCCACAGCGGGGGGAUAAGGAGGAAGCCCAGGGCUGGCAAGGAGAGGACUUGAAGCCGGAGCUCUCGCAGAACGUUGGAGGAACAGCUGCUGCAACCAGCACGGAGCAGGAGAUCCAGGACAGCAGCCCGCAGGGUCUGCCCUCCUUCCAGCCGCUGGAGGAGGAGCCGCGCGCCGUGCUGAGUGGCUGCGCUCCGCAGCAGGGGCAGCCUGAGGCAGGCUCGGGGUCUCUGAGGGCAUACAGAGAGGAGGCUCCGGGGCCGGCCUUCCCCAGACCCGAGCCGCAGCAGGAUGGCAUCCCGGGUCCCGCUUCGCCACAGCCGGCGCAUCCACCCGAAGAGACAAGGGGACAGCAGGCAACAGACAACGAGCAGCCAGGCCCGGCCUUCCCAGCGCAGGGCUCGCAUGAACUCGGUUCUAGCAGCGUGCCAGAACAAGGGGCUGCUGGGCAGGAGGACCAGGACUUCACUGCCCUGCUCAUCAGAGAGACGGAAGCGAGAUUUCCAGAUGUGAGGAAGGAAUAUAUUGAAGAACUAAUCAGCAUCAAGGACUGCUAUGACUUAAAUGUACUUUGUAACUUCCUUCUGGAAAAUCCGGAUUACCCAAAGAAGGAAGGCAGAAUGGUUUUAAAUCCCAGCAGCAGCCUGCUUGCCAGCCAAGAUGAGACAAAGGUGCCUAAAGUGGACUACUUUGACUUCUCCAAGCUUGCCCCCCUCGAUCAGCGGUGCUUUAUUCAGGCAGCUGACCUUCUCAUGGCAGACUUCAAGAUGCUGAGCAGCCAGGACAUUAAGUGGGCGCUGCAUGAACUCAAGGGACACUAUGCAAUCACACGAAAGGCCUUUUCAGAUGCCAUCAAAAAAUGGCAGGAGCUGUCUCCGGAAACCAGUGGGAAACGGAAAAGGAGAAAAGAAAUGAAUCAGUAUUCAUACAUAGAUUUCAAAUUCGAGCAAGGCGAUGUGAAGAUUGAGAAGCGGAUGUUCUUCCUGGAGAAUAAGAGGCGGCACUGGAGGUCCUACGACAAGCUCUCACUUCUCCCACCAGUGCUGCUGGAGCAGGAAUUCUACGAGCAAAAAGUUAAAGAGAUGGCAGAGCAUGCAGACUUUCUCCUUGCUCUGCAGAUGAAUGAGGAGCAGUAUCAGAAGGACGGUCAGAUGAUAGAGUGCCGCUGUUGUUAUGGGGAGUUUGCGUUUGAAGAGCUAACUCAGUGUGCAGAUGGUCACUUGUUCUGCAAGGAGUGCCUAAUUAAAUACGCUCAGGAGGCAGUCUUUGGCUCUGGGAAGUCAGAGCUCAGCUGCAUGGAAGGCAGUUGCACGUGUUCGUUCCCCACCAGCGAGCUGGAGAAGGUGCUUCCAGAAACCAUCCUGUGUAAAUACUACGAGCGGAAGGCUGAGGAGGAGGUGGCUGCUGCCUGUGCAGAUGAGCUUGUCAGGUGUCCCUUCUGUAACUUCCCAGCUCUUCUGGACAGCGACGUGAAGAGGUUCAGCUGCCCUAAUCCCCGCUGCAGAAAGGAAACAUGUCGGAAGUGCCAGGGGCUGUGGAAGGAGCACAUGAACCUCACCUGCGAACAGCUGGCCGAGAAGGAUGACAUCAAGUACAGGACAUCCAUAGAAGAGAAAAUGACAGCUGCCCGGAUCAGAAAAUGCCACAAGUGUGGGACCGGCCUGAUCAAAUCGGAGGGCUGCAACCGCAUGUCGUGCCGCUGCAGCGCGCAGAUGUGCUACCUGUGCCGGGCUGCCAUCAACGGGUACGACCACUUCUGCCAGCACCCCCGCUCGCCCGGCGCUCCCUGCCAGGACUGCGCCAAGUGCUCUCUCUGGACGGAUCCCACAGAAGACGAUGAGAAGAUAAUUCAGGAGAUUCAGAAGGAGGCUGAAGAGGAGCAGAGGAAGAAAAACGGAGAGAACAGCUUCAAGCGGAUCGGCCCUCCGGUGGAAAAGCCCAUGGAGAAAAUGCAGAGAAUUGAAGUCAUCCCCAGACCCGUUCCUCAGAACCUCCAUCAGCCGCGGAUGCCUCCUUACCCCUUCGUGCACCCUCCCUUCCCGCUGCCCCCCGUCCGUCCCAUGUACAAUAACAUCCCCCUCAACAUCGGCCCCAUCCCCGCCCCCUACGUGCCCCCAUUGCCUAACAUGAGGGUGAACUAUGAUUUUCCCCAGAUCAACGUUCAGCUGGAGCACAACUUGCCUAUGCACUUCGGCCCUCAGCCUCGGCACCGGUUCUGACCUGGUUCGGAGAGCGUUUGUUGCAGAGUCACUGCAGGACCAAGCCCCUGGUACCAUCACCCCGUCCUGCUGCAGCCCCUCGCCGUAGCCAGCUGCAAGGGGAGCUGCUGUGACUCGCACACACCUGCACUACCCCUUAUCUAGAGCUUCUCCGGACCUUUACAAUCAAACAUUUCGACCUGUGCUGCAACAGGGCUUGGUGCUGCAUUUCCAAGGUCUCUUCCUAUGUUGGGAGUCUUUUUUUUUUUUUUUUUUAAUUUGGCAAAGACUAUUCAGACAGCUGCUGGGAGGGAAAAUGAUUCUUGUGGAGCACAGGGGAUGCAAAAGAUCCUUGAGAGUCUUCCAAAGCUCCAACCUUCCUGCUGGCCAGAGCAGCUGCAGCAGCCUGAGUCCUGCGGGAAGGGAGGAGGGACUUGGCACCUGACUAAGACCUUCAGGAACGAGGUAAUGGGACUCUGCUGCCCUAAGCCCAACGUUGGGGUUCCCAUGUUCUCCAGCAUCCCUGUAACCCGCUAACGCCUCCCAGCAGAAAUAAAUUGUUCCAAACCAAGUUAACAUAGUGUAUUUAGCAUUUCUCGCUCUGCAAGGAGUGAGGGGAUGCAGCAGCCACCUCGCUGCUCAUCUGUUUGGCAGCCCAGAGCCACGUCCCAUCUCAGGGCUCUAGGAAGCAGAAAACUCGGCCACCCCCACCCUCGAGAACACAACCUGCCCCUCCUGAGGGCUCAGGGCUUCUCCCCCAGCAUGAAGCUGCCUCCCAGCUUCCAGCUUUUCUUUUGCUGUUCUCGUGCGGGCAUCCCAAAUCCCCACCUGCUUCUGGCAGCAGUCAGGGAUAGGGAACAGAGAGCUGUGUGUGAUGUGUGCUGUUGUGUAAAUGCGGGUUACCACCAGCGUGUUCUGCAAACGGGGGCUGUGCUUUGUGUCUGGGACAGCCCCCCCCCAAAAAAAAACAACACAGUGCUUGGAGGGGCAAACCCAGCAGGAGCUCUGGGCUGGCUCUUACCCGUCCCCUGGGCAGUGGUCCCUGGCUUGUUUGGGCUGUGCUGCAUCCUGCUCUCCCCUGCUGAGAACCAGCACGGUGCAGUUCCCUGCUGCCUUCCCACCACGUUCCAGCAUCCAGGUGUCCCCGGGCCGUGUUUGUUGGUCAGGUAGCACGUCCUUGCCUUUCGGAGCUGAAUCUCUGCUCUCAGACGUUUCCUGUGGGUUGAACAUAUCCAGCAAGCGUUCCUAUCCCUCAGUGCCAUGGUCUCUAGCAUUAAUAACAAAGUGGCAUUCACUUGCUGCUAUCACUUAUUAUAUGUAUAAUUUUUUUUUUUUUUUUAACUUUUCCUUUUUAAUUUAUUCCCAGAGGCAGCCCCGGGGCCGUGCUGGUGUGCCCAUCAGCCCCACGCCCAGUGUGCUUGAGUCACUGAGGUCUGCCCGCCUCUUUCUGACGGGUGGGUGACGGGUGCUCAGUGCCUCGGCCCUGGGGCUGGGGCUGCACUGGGUGCCUCGCUGCAGCUCACGUCUGGCUGCAGUGCUCUGCAGUUGGUGCGGCAGCGCGGGCUCCCUCAUGGGCACAGAGCUGCCCCCUUUGCUGUGCUCCUGCAGCGGCCGUGUCCAGCUCCCGCGUGCCCUCGGCACAGGCAGCACCAUGAUAGCAAAAGUCAGGCUCCCAUUCCUUCUUUUGAUGCUUUUCCAGAGAUGCACGGCCACAUCGGGACCUCAGCCUGGGCAGGGAGAAGUACGGAGAUGGAGAAAAGGGGACAGAAGUGUGGUGGUGAGGUGACAGCGGAGGUGGCACGGGGCGGGUGGUGCCCGGGGUCUGUCCCCAUGGCUGGGGAUCAGUGCCGUCACCUCCCUGGGGCACAGGGCUCAUCCACUGCCCCGGGGCGAUGUCACACUGCGGGGAGAGCCCUGCAGGGGUAAAGAGAGGGGCAGGGCUGGGGCUGUUCCCCUGCAGAACCACGGUGCUGGGUGCCCGGGCUGCGAUGCGAGGGCUGCUCCUUCCCUCUGGCCUGGGAGGUGCCAGCAGCUGCAGUUCCUGGUAGCGUUUGAAUCCGUUGCUGGUUCAAGUUGGUUGGUUACAAAAGCAAAGCUCUGCACACCCGGCAGAACCCCGGGCCUGGCUGUGUCCCCUCGUGCCCUGCUGCCCCACAGCGCUCCGUGCUGGAGGAGCCAUGGGGCGGAGGCCGUGCCCGGCUGCAUCCUCCUACCAGGUACUCAUUAUGGUUAAUUGCGGUGUCUCGUUUUACUUGCCUUAAAGGUGGGGAGAGAAACUUAGUAUUUGCACUUAGCAAAACGUCCUAUUACGAGAAAGGAACCCUGUAAAGACGUGCAUGUUCUGCAACUUUGUAUAACAAUAGCCGAAAACAAAUAGGUUGGUUUAUUAAAAUAAAUAAAUAAAUAUUUUUCUUUA